AUGUUUCUAACACUCGCGCUGCUUACUUUUAUUCUAUGCACCCAAGCGGGAGCAGGUCAUACUCCCAAGGCACUCAUUGAUACUCAUCAUCACUUCGUACCAGACUUUUAUGCUGCUGCCGUUGCAGCAGAGGGCGGAGACCCUUCCGGAUGGCCUGUUCCCUCCUGGAAUAUCUCCUCUAGCCAAGCGCUCAUGUCCAAGUUGAACAUCUCGACCGCCAUCUUGUCUUUGACCUCGCCCGGCGCCGUUAUAACGCGAAACAACGUUACAGCAAGGGCGCUUGCCCGCCAAACUAACAAAUUUUGCGCCGAUGUGCGGGCGGCACAACCUCAAAAAUUUGGUUGCUUUGCUGCUUUGCCCAACCUUCUCGACACUAACGGGACACUUGCAGAGAUAGAGUAUGCCUUGGACGUACUCAAGGCCGACGGGGUAACCCUGUUUACCCGUUAUGGGGAUGGAAACCAUUAUCUUGGUCACGAAGAGUUCAUCCCGAUCUGGCAGGCUCUCAAUCAGCGGAAGGCAGUGGUGUUCAUACAUCCCACUACCCCUGAAGAUAGUUCUAGGAUCAAUCCCCUCAUCUUAGGCCCGACGAUUGACUACCCUCACGAGACCACACGUACCGCCCUCGACAUGAUAAUAUCAGGUACCCGCCGGAAGUUCCCCAACACGACAGUGAUUCUCUCUCAUGCUGGAGGAAAUCUCCCAUGGAUGCUCUCGCGCGUUAGUCUGUACAGAAAAGGUCUACCACAUUCCGUGCUGCCUGAUGGUGUGACAUACGACGAGUUUUACAGCGAUUUCAGGUCAUUUCAUUACGAUCUGGCUCUGUCCUCGUCGCCUGAAAAGCUAGAUUUGCUUCUGAGUCUGGUUCCUGAGGAGCACAUCCUAUAUGGGUCUGACUUUCCGUAUGCGCCGGGGACUGGAAUCGCCAAUUUCAAAGAUGAUCUUGUCAUGUACAAGAUGGACAGAAAUCUUAGGAACAAGAUUUCCUACGGUAACGCGUUACAGCUUAUUCCAAGAUUGGCAAAAGGAAUCCACUGAUCAACGUGGCAAGAGAGGGCGAACGAUCAGCAUUGCGAGAACUGUGGAUUAGUACAAGGGGAAGGAGGUGCGAGAUGGAGAUUUAGUCGUGUUUGGAUAUGCAAAGUCUCUUUCUACAUUUGCUUGAACGUCCGGAUUAUCCAAGGUCAGAGGCUCUGUAGGGCAUAACCAGGAUCAUGUAGAGUUCUGUACUGG